CUUGGAAGAGAAACUGACCCAGAAUAAGCUCAUCUUGAAGGAGGAGUUGAAAACCUUACUUCAUUUGUGUGAGUCCCGUGAUGAUGUGGAACUGGCUAAAACUGUCAUUUACAGCUGGACCAGUGGGAAGAUGGGCAGGCCAGGGCCUAACCAACCUGUUCCCUCUCUUCUGAGACGGGCAGCCCACAGCGGAGGAAGAAGUAGGGAGCUGAAAUACAAGGUCUUUAUUGAAUCAAAAAUGAGGAACAACAUAAUCCCAUCCUAAUCUUGACCACAUUGGUGUACGUACGUACAGAGGGAUUUUAGAUCCUGUAACGGGAACAAGGUACCAUGCAGAGAACAGAAAUGUCACUUUGGGGGAGUAUAAGUUUGGACCACUUUUCAUGAGGUUGUGCUAUGAGUUGGACCUUGAGGAGUCUGCGGUGGAGCUCAUCAAAGACCAGCAUUUACGAGGUUUCUUCUCAGAUUCUACAUCAUUCAAUAUUUUGAUGGACAUGUUAUUUAUCAAAGGCAAAUAUAAAAAUGCUUUGGAAGUAUUGAUCGAGAUGAAAAACCAAGAUGUAAAGUUCAGCAAAGAUACCUAUGUCCUUGCUUUUGCGAUUUGCUACAAACUGAAUAGCCCUGAGUCUUUUAAAGUCUGUACUACAUUAAGGGAGGAAGCCCUAAUCAAAGGAGACAUCCUCUCCAGGAGAGCGUCCUGUUUUGCUGUGGCACUAGCUCUGAAUCAGAACCAUGUGGAAAAAGCUACAUCCAUUUUUUCUCAAAUCAUGAAUCCAGAAAGCAUACUCUGCAUUAAUUUAAGUUUGAUGAUCCAUAUCCAGUCAAAUAUGUCAAAAACCCUGAUAGAGAUACUAAAGGAUGCCACAGAGGGGAAUGUAUCAAAAUUUGUGAAAAAACUUAAGUUCUCAGAAGAAGUGCUGGCUAAGGUGAGGGAAAAGGUGAAGGAUGUGCCCGCCCUUCUGGCCACAUUUGACGAGCUCUAUGGGAAACUGCAUAUAAAUGGCCAGGUCACCGCUUAUACUUUGGAUGCUCUGCUCUGCCACACCCCCAAGGGCCUGAAAUCCCACAUGGUACACUUAAACAAGAGGACAGUCAGCCGUCGGACCUUCCAGCCACUCAGCCAGUCCCUAUGGGCUGAGUAACUCAAGGUCCAAACCCCCCGUGGGGUAGGUCUGAGUUGGAGGGGCUUGCUGCUAGUGGGUUAUUGGCAUCCUAAGGAAUCAGGCCCUGAACUCCAGUGGACACUGUACUAACACUUGGAUUCCUCCUUAAUUUUCGUGUUCAUUGAAUGCUGGCAUGCUGACCUGAGAACUUGGUACAGUGUGCCACUCCGAAGGUCUAUAUGCAGUGAGCAGAAACCUGGCUUCCUCAGAAGGGAGGCUUGCCCUGGGAAACAGCUGAGGAUCCCUGAAGGAACAUGGUCAGUCUCCAGUCCAGCUGCCGGUACAGCGUGCCCAGUAGCAAUAAUGGAAGGAAUUUCACUGUAAGUGGUCAACUCGUCUAACUUGCAGGGGAUGGUUACUCACUGAAGUCGGAUGUGCUGAACCCCUAAGCUGCCUGCUGGGAAGUAGCUCAGAAUUUUCUCACUGCUUCUGCCAUCAUUUAUCUGUGACCCCAAACAAGAUACUUGAACCCUCAUUUUUCUAUCUGUAAAAUGAUAGUGCCAGUAUAACUCUGUGUGUGGAUUUGAAAUGUUCAUUCAAGGCUCAGUAGGGUCAAAUUUUCUCAAAAAUUCAGAAAAAUAAACAAGA